GGAGUUUGAUGGCAAACUAGCACAACGGCACGAGCCGGUCGAUCCGUACCUCCCAGGAACAGGCCAAAGAGACCGUGUCUUUUGAUCCAAACGGCGCGAAUCGAUGACCGUAAUACACGCAAUUGUUUCGGGAAGCUCGAGUUCCUCUGCUACAUCUCAGCGAACUUCCCUCUGGGGAUCCCAUUUGUGCCAAUGCUUGAUGCUGAUUAAAUAGUUGAAUUGCUCGAAACGUCAAAACCAAACUCCAUUAGAAUAACAGUCAAACUACUAGAGCCAGCGGAGAACCAAGCAAAAUAAACUGAUAAUCUGGCUCCUAAAGUUUGUAAUACGUUAUUGGUAAAUCCGAAGCCAAAUUCACCUGCGGUUAAAGAGAUCGCGGUUAAAGAGAAAGUCAGAUCCGCGGGUAUUACAAACAAAGUUUAGCCUUCAUCACGUGGAAACGUUUAACUAACUUAAUUGAUACCAUUAGUCAGCGGCUCUUUGCUCUGCGACGGCGAGUAAGGAGGUUAGUUAUCCUCCUGGGAGAGGUUCUUCUCCUUUCCUCCAACGGGUUAUUAUAACUACCUAGCUUCGGAAGUACUGUAUUUAGUUUGCCUGCCUGACCGUGCGUUGAUACAAACGAUACACCCGCAACUAAACCUCCCAGGAGAGAGAAGGAGGCGAUACAUAAGCCCGAUGCCCGUCGGAGAUCACGGGCAUGGCCCGGGGAUAGUAAUGAAUAUCCCCGGUGCAAACAAGUACUCUGCUUCUCCUGGUCUUAUUCUCUCAUGCUAACAAUCUUUUCUGAGACGUUGCUAAUUUUGGGCGAGUAUAUAACUUGGAUAAAACCUGUACCUGUAAGUAUUGCCUUCAUAUUCUUUUUCCCGUCUGUCAUUUCUUACUUGUCGUUUCCUCGCCUUUGCUGAGUGCGCUUGGGCUAUAAAUCCUCCAUACAACUUGACAAUCAUGCUGUCAGAGUCACUUGAGUUCUAUGGCAAGGGCUCACGGGCGAUGCUAAGCAUAGGUUUAGCCCGUGUGUACCAACAUAUACAAGCAAUUGGACAUCGAUGGUUAUACCAGGCGACCCCAUCGCCGAAGAAUGUGGUAGUUCUUGGUGGCUCAUAUGCCGGCAUCCACCUUGCCCAGCGACUGACAGAGACGUUGCCAACUGGCUAUCGGGCGGUUUUGAUUAAAAAAAACUCGCAUUUUAACCAUCUUUAUGUAUUCCCAAGGUUCGGGGUGGUCCCGGGAAUGGAGCAGUCAGCUUUCAUUCCAUGCACCGGAAUUGCUAGCCACGCACCUGCUGGUAUCUUUCAGCAUGUUCAAGACUCCGCAACGAAUGUUACAGGAAAUACGAUCGAACUGGCGUCGGGCAGAAGCAUUAACUAUGAGUAUCUUGCUAUUGCAACGGGAUCCCAUCAACCCCCACCGGCAAGGAUGAAGUCUAAAGAUAAGGAAGAUGCAUGUGCUGAAAUGCGUGUGAUCCAGAAACAAGUUCAGAAUGCGAAAAGAAUUGCAGUGAUAGGAGGAGGUCCUGUGGGAGUUCAAGUUGCAACUGAUAUCAAGAGUUUCUUUCCGGCUAAGAGUGUUACCCUAAUUCAUUCACGGCAUCAACUCUUGCCAAACUUUGGUCCUCGUUUACACGGGCAUAUUCUGCAGAGUCUUGACCGGUUAAAUAUUAAGAGCAUAUUGGGUGAACGACCACAGAGCACCACAGAAGCAGUUGAUGGGACUGCCCCAAUUAGUCAGGAGUUGUCGCUGCGGUUUAAGAUUGGCUCUGAAGAGAUAUAUGAUUUGGUGGUAAGGAACCCUGCGAAACCUAGGGAUUUAUCCACUGCCCUUUUCUGAAUUUUAUGUAUCACACCUUGGACUGUAGACACUUAUCGCUAAACUAAACCUCGUACUCUAGAUCCGCUGCACGGGACAACUCCCAAACUCAAACAUCCUCUCGAAAUGCUUUCCGUCCGCCAUAUGUAAAGAAACCGGCCAGAUCCUCGUUCAUUUAAUUCUGCAGGUCAACAACAGUCUUGAAAUUGAAAACAAACACAUUUUUCCACUGGGAGAUGUCGCCAAAACCAAUGGUCCACGGAUGGGCCGGGCUUGCCAAUCCCAGGCAGAAAUAGUCGCGUCAAAUAUUCUAACACUAAUCAAAAGCCAGGACCAACUUGUUACAUACCGUCCAUCUAUCGUUGAUAGAGUAAUCAAGUUAACACUUGGAAAGGUAAGAGUCAUGUAUUUCUGGCUCAGUUCUACCUCCACCUCGUGUAUCUACUAACCCUUCGGCUCCACGGUAGAACGACUACGUCUGGUAUGUGAAAGAUGACAAUGGCCGCGAACUGAUGUUGACAGGCAAAUGUGGUGGUACUGACCUCAGC